CAUGAACAUCACCCUUUUCUUUCUCUCUCUCUCUCUCCUUUGCUCUCAUCAUUAUUCAUUUAUCUCCCUCUCUUUCUCAGUUUCUCUCUCUCCUACUUAAAGAAGGUCCAAAAUUCGAGGUGGGUCUGUUGAAUUUCACACGAAGUGGAGACAGAGGGAGGAGAAAUAUAAUUAGUACAGUACUCCCACACAUAAUAACACACCAAAAUAUUAGAUAUUAGAUACCCACUAAGUCAAAGUGAUCAAAAUUUUGGAUCUUUUCAAAAAGUUUCUAUGUUUUACCAUCAAAAGUCUCCUUUUUCUGUUCUUCUGUCAAAGUUAGCUUCUGGGCAAGCUCCAUAUUCUUGCAAGGUUGCUUGCUUAUUCAAUUUUUACUGUUGUUGACUUUUUUUUUGUUCAUAGUUUUUGGGAAUUUUCAAUUUGAGCUAAAGAAAUACAAACUGUUUUAUAAUCAGGGUUUAGAGGGUUUUUAUAGAUACAUACCAGUUUGUUGUAAAAUUGUAAGAAUACUUUCUUCUGUUGUUUGUUGUAUCAUAUACUGAUAUACCAUCUUCUUCUUCUUUUUUUCCCUUGAAAAAUUUGAAGGUUUAGUUUGUUGUCAAGAUUGGGUUUUUAAUUUCUGGGGUUUCUGAAAUUUUGCUGAAAUCAUAGGUUUUGGAUAGUUUUGUAGCUGGGAUUUGAAUUUGAUUUGAGUUUUUGUGGUGGGGGUUUUCAAAGAUUAUUUUUUUAUCUUGUUUUCCAACUUCUGGUUGGGAGAGUUUGAAGAAAUUUGUGUAAGGUGGUAUGAUGAAAGUUAUAUGGGUAGCAAAAAAGUGAAGAUUGGAACAAAAAAUGGUGCAAGCUUGACUUCAGGGAUGCCGAGCUUUAUUCCUUCAAUCCCUAUCUCUAAUUCCAUAUGCUCAGCUGAGUGCUUUUUGUGAGAAAAGAUCUGAAGAUAUGUGAAAUCAAAUGAAGAGUUAUGUGGCUGUUUCUACGAGUAGAGAUUCUCAUCGAUCCAGAUAUUGUUGUACUUCUUGACCCUGGAAACUUUAUAUGAGAAAGAGCUGAGAAGCAUUCUCUGCCACUAACCAUGUCCCUUGUGUCACUGAGCUCGAAUGAGUGAGGAAGGCGUUACAAGUUCUUGGGGGAAAUAGCUUCGCCUAUCACUAUCUGAGAUAUCAUGUUAUUAUAAGUGGACGUUGAGCAACCCAGAAGCGAAUAGUUUGUAGGAGUUGGUGGAAUCAUGGACUGAAAUUCCUUUUCUAGGCCACAAGAAAAAAGGGUUCACUUGCAGCCAAGUGUAAUACUAUGAUAAAAAACAUGGCUCAAAACUGUUGAGGAUAUCCACAUGCUGAUGUAUCAAUUUCAGGACCAUAGUGUAACAGAGGGUGACAACGCAAGUUCAUCUCGCAUUUCUGAACUUGGUGCUUUUGAGCAAUCACUGGAUUUUCGUAUAGAAGAUGCUGUCGACCUCAGGAAUCCUUUAUUCAGCUCGUUGAAGUCCUCUAGUGUGCCCGUAGGCCCUGAUCAAUUUGGAUCUUUCAAUAAGAUAUUGUCACUGGAAAGAGAAUCACCGCUCAACUUGGCUUCUGUGUCUGUUGCUCAUCGUGAAAAUUGGGCAGAAUCCAAUAUGGCUGAUGCAAGUCCUAGAACUGAUACUUCAACAGACGAUACCGAGGAUAGGAAUCCACUGCUCGAAGCUGGUCAUAUCAAUUCCAAGGCUGCUUCCGACUCCAGUGAGAGAUCCAAAGAAAAAGUUACAGAUCAAAAGUCUCUGCGACGACUAGCUCAAAAUCGUGAAGCAGCUAGAAAAAGCCGCUUGCGGAAAAAGGCGUAUGUACAACAGUUGGAAAAUAGUCGACUGAAGUUGACCCAGCUUGAGCAAGAGCUCCAACGAGCCCGUCAGCAGGGAAUCUUCAUCUCAAAUGCUGGUGAUCAAUCACAUGGGUUAGGUGGAAAUGGCGCCUUGGCUUUUGAUGCGGAGUAUGCUCGAUGGUUAGAAGAACAGAACAGAAUGAUUAAUGAACUGAGGACUGCAGUCAAUUCACAUGCUAGUGACACUGAACUGCAGACAGUGGUAAAAAGCGUAGCUGCACACUUUGAUGAAAUUUUCAGGCUUAAAGGUGUUGCUGCAAAGGCUGAUGUCUUUCACAUCUUGUCUGGAAUGUGGAAGACUCCAGCAGAGCGUUGCUUCAUGUGGAUUGGUGGCUUUCGCCCAUCAGAACUCCUCAAGCUUCUGGUGAAUCAAUUGGAGCCCUUGACGGAGCAGCAGUUAGUGAACAUCUACAACUUGCAGCAGUCCUCUCAACAGGCUGAAGAAGCCUUGUCGCAAGGAAUGGAGGCACUACAGCAGUCUCUAGCUGAGACGUUAGCCAAUGGUACUGCAGGCUCUACUGGCUCUUCUGGCAAUGUGGCUAACUAUAUGGGUCAGAUGGCCAUGGCGAUGGGGAAAUUAGGAACUCUUGAAGGAUUCCUACGGCAGGCUGAUAACCUACGUCAACAAACAUUGCAACAGAUGCACCUUAUAUUAACCACUCGACAGUCUGCACGUGCUAUUCUAUCAAUUCAUGACUAUUUCUCAAGACUUAGGGCACUCAGUUCUUUGUGGCUUGCUAGACCACGCGAUUGAGAAGCUUCAAGUACCAAGUUUUCAUACAAUAAUAAUUCAAGUGAUUACGGUCUUUCGACUUUAUCAUGUUCCCUUGGAAGUUAAGUUUUUAAGGUGGUGUGUGUGUAGCUUUGAUCCCGGCCAACUACGACGAAAACAUGUGUUUUCUUAGUGUGCUUUUGUAUGAUUAUUGUUGUUUAGGUUGAUGUAAUUUUAUGGGAAAUGUUAGGUUGAUGCUAUAGCAACUAGAAGAGCGUUUCUUUUGUAGUGUCUAAACUAUGCAAUUCUAUGUUAGAAACCAUGUUACAGACUUACAGUGUAGAAUUCCUUUAGUAUUAUUAAUAUUUAGGACGUCUUUUUUCUCCUUUUUUUAGUUUCUUCAACUACUGUACACUCAUGUGUUAGAAAAUUACUUACCAAUCAUAAUAUGUCUUGAACUUUUGUUGUU